ACAAUGUGGCGGUCAAUGUUGUUCGAAUUCAACAGAAAUCGAUUUAAGAAAAAAGGCCACAACAGUAUUUGAACGUCUAUUGCAUCAUCAUACAAAAAGUUUACGUGGCAUUUUAGAAUCAACAGCAAAUUUAUUUCAAUCUCACAUUUUGGAAUUGGCUCAACAAUCAGAGAAUAGAACAAUAAAUAUAUUCUCCCAAGUGUAUAAGCGCAUGUUACCUUUAUCACGCAAAUUGAUUGUACAAUUAUAUUCAGAAAUUAUAAGCAAUUUAAAAUCAAGUGAAACGGUUAGUGCCACCUCUUUGGAAAAUGCCAUCCAUAAGUUCUUUGUGAAUUUAUUCCCGGUGGCCUAUCAUCAAGUGGUGCAUUUGAAUAAGCAAAGUUAUGGUGAAUUACAUGAAGACUAUAUUAAUUGUUUGAAACACACAUAUGACGAUCUGCAGCCAUUUGGUGCCAUACCCAAAGAAAUUACACGCAAUUUAGUACAAAGUCUACAAACGGCUCAUAUUUUCAUCAAUGCUUUGUAUCAAAGUGCUGAAGUUUUAAGUGAAACUGAUGAAUUAUAUGCCACACAUUUGAGUGAGAGCUGUCAGAAGCAUUUGCUUAAAAUGAGUUAUUGUCCCAGUUGUAAUGGUCUACAAAAGACGCAUGUUAAGCCCUGUUACAGUUAUUGCAUGAAUGUUUUAAGAGGCUGCUCGGCUCAAUAUGCUGGUGUAUUAGAUAGUCCUUGGUCAAAUGUUGUUGAUGCUAUUGAUAAUUUGGUCACAACACAUAUACGUUCUGAUACUGGCAUUGUUACAGUCAUUAAACAAUUGGAUAAUAAACUAUCAGAAACAAUAAUGAGAGCUAUGGAAAAUGGUCCUGAAUUGGAAAAGAAGGUGAAAAAAACCUGCGGUACUCCAAAAUUAUUAGCCUCAUUGAGUAUGGAACAAGAACCUAAACCACCAAUGCCACACAAUAUUAAAUGGGCCACACCUGCCGAUUCGGAAAUUUUACGUUUCCUUUCUACCAUCGAUAAAUCAAAGGAAUUCUACUCAAACAUUGUCAAUAAUUUCUGCGAAGAUGAAGAUAUCCAAAGAAACGAUCGUCACUGUUGGAUUGGUGAUCGUGUUGGUGACUAUACACAAUUGGUUAUGACCGCUGGCAUUGAUACGCAACGUUAUAAUCCCGAAGUACCAUUGGAACCAAAUUCUCAACCCUCUAAACUAAAUGAAUUAGUUGAUAAAUUAUUGAAAAUACGCAAAAAUAUUGCAACAGCGAUACCCUCUACCACUAGGACAAUCAAUGACAUUCAAAGUGAUAUGGCUGGUCAUGAUGAUGAAGGUUCUGGCCGCAUGACAGAUGAUGUCGACGAUGAAGAAUAUCAUAUGCAAGGCUCAGGAGAUGGAUCUGGUGGAGAUCAUCCUUCCCUCGCCUUUAAUCCUCGCUCAGAGUCUGAUCCUACUGAAAAUGAGAUUGUACCUGCGGUAGGAACUGGCGGUAGUUCUUCCACAACAAUACACAUGAGUUUGACAACUCUUCUAAGCGCCGUACUAGUCAUACAAUUAUUAACAACGAUACGAUUUUUUAAGUUAUAUUAAAAAUAUUACUGAAAAAAUCCAAAGGGUGCAACUCUGUUUUAUAAAUUAUGUAGUUUAUAUAUAAAUUUAAAAUAUAUAUAUACAAAUUAACAACUCGAACUCGACUAAAUGCAAACUAAACUUGCUCUUAAAAUACUCUUAGAGAGUAACAAUAAAGAAAUUCUUUAAAAUGAUUUUUAACAAAAAUUGACAAAAUACAAAAAAAACAGCAAUAACAAGUGCAAGAAAUUCUUUAAAGAACGUAUUUUCAAAAUAAUUUUAAAAAAAAGUGAUAAAAAAUAAAGUUGAAAAACUUUAUUAAAAAUUUAUAAAAACAAAAUACGAAAAUAUGUUAAAUGUAUACAAGAACAUAAAAAUACAAAAACAAAACUUACGUACAUAACAUAAUUUGAAUCUAAAGAAAGUCCAAAGAGCUCUAAAUAAAAAAAUGUAAAUCUUUUAAUAGAAAUUAAAAACAAAACAAAAAAGAGAGAACUUGUUUUUAGGCAAUUAACAAAUUUUUAGAAUUAAACAAAAAAAUAAAUUUAAAUUUAACAAAAC